AACAUCAAGCUGGAGUCUUCGCGGUUAAGAAGAUCCAACCGCCUAGCUUAGUUAGGUCCGUUAAUUCUUUGUUUAUUUAACGCCGAGCGACCACCACAUGCAAUGUGCGAGCUACCAUCUCGAAGACGAAGCAAACGAAUGUGGUAGCAAGCUCUCAAGAAAACAUUUGGACAAAGCUCUGUCAAAAAUUAGACAGACCAGAAAGUAUGUUGCAAUGAGGAAGGAGAAGAAGAGCUUCUCUGAUCUGAACUCUGAAGACAAGAUCGAAGGUGCUAAAGGUCGUGGACUUAACGUUUGGGAUGGCUUCACUCACCGAUAUCCAGAGAAAGGAGGACCCGAUCUAGGGAAUGGAGACAACACUUGUGGAUCAUAUGAGCACUGGCAGAAAGAUAUAGACGUAAUGACCAAACUCGGUGUUGACGGCUAUAGAUUCUCGCUUGCGUGGUCAAGAAUCAUUCCGGCUGGAAAGGUGAAGAAGGUUGGAAAGGAGAAGAGGGGAAUCAACGAAGCAGGGGUUAAGUACUAUAACGACCUCAUAGAUGGCCUCCUAGCGAAGAAUAUAACUCCUUUCGUUACCCUCUUCCAUUGGGACCUUCCUAAGUUCUGCAAGAUGAGUAUGAAGGUUUCUUGCACCGCGAUAUCAUGUAUAGAUGAUUUCAAAGAUUACGCGGAUAUAUGUUUCGAUAGAUUUGGUGAUAGGGUUAAGAACUGGAUCACGAUCAACCAGCUCUACACAGUGCCUACAAGAGGCUAUGCAAUGGGAACAGAUGCACCUGGUCGAUGUUCUUAUUGGCUUAAUAAAGAUUGUUACGCCGGAGAUUCUGGAAGAGAACCUUAUAUCGUUGCACAUAACCAGCUUCUUGCUCAUGCAAAAGUCGUCCAUCUUUACCGGAAAAAAUAUAAGCCAAAACAAGGAGGACAGAUUGGAGUUGUGAUGAUAACUAGAUGGUUUAUUCCAUAUGAUAGCACUGAAGCCAACAAAAAGGCAACUGAGAGGAACAAAGAAUUCUUCUUGGGAUGGGAGUCUGGUUGCAACGUGAAAGGAUACUUUGCUUGGUCUCUUGGAGAUAAUUAUGAAUUCGGCAAAGGCUUUACCGUGAGAUACGGACUCAGUUACGUUAAUUUCACUAAUACCACUGCUGAUAGAGUCCUCAAAACUUCUGGAAAAUGGUACAAGCAGUUCUUAAACAGUACAACCAAGGUCCCUGACGAGAACCAAAAUUUUCUCCGCUCAAGGCUCUUCUUCGAGAAUCGUGAACAAAAGAAAGUCGCAGAUGCAUAAGACCAAAAACCAGUUUAUGGCCAUCAAGAUCAUUUUCAUGUCUCCUCUUUCUACUUGCUCCAUAGAAAGGAGCGUUGCCUUCAUUCAAAGCAUAAUUCAUCUAGUUACUGAUUUGAGUUAUAUAUUCGUGCUUAUUGUUCGUUUGGACUUUUUUAAAAGGCUUUGUUAUGAUAUAAGAAAAGGGAGGAAAUGCC